GUCGGUGGCCAUGCUGUCGUUCAUGCAGUUUAUCCUGACCUGCUUGGGAGGGCCGCUGGAGCUGGCCCACGAGCUCGAGCGCGGGGGCGCCGCGGAGGUGCCGCAUCCCGGGCCCCUGAAGCACGUGCUGCGGGCCUACAGCAAAGGCCCCGAGUUCGUCGCCCAUGUCAGCGUUGGCAUCCUCCAGUACGCCGUGAUCUCGCUGUGCCUCUUCGUCAUAAACUGCUUAGUCUGGAGGCCGCCAUGGGACCCUAGAGAGCCGUGGUUUCACAAGAGCCGGACGUACGUGGAGACGGUCACUAAGGUGGCGAAAUCUGCUUCGUGCGGCUGGGCCAUGUACAACCUCGGCCUGUUCUACCACCAGGUGCACCCCAGACUGGUCUCCAUCCGCCCCGUCCUGAAGUUUAUGAGCAUCAAGGGCGUCAUCUUCUUCACGUUUUGGCAAGGCAUCGUGAUCUUCGCUAUAGACAAGACGGGUGCCAUCCCGAAGAAUCCGGAGGAUGCCAGCGGAGGCGUCUGGAGUGAAGAGGAGAUCUCCGCAGGGAUCCAGCACUUCCUGCUCUGCAUCGAGAUGCUCUUCUUCGCGGAGAUACACCGCCGCGCGUAUCCCGUCCAGGACGCGCCCGCGACCGUCGGCGGCGGCGACUGCGGCCUGCCCGUGCUCUGGCACGAGAUCGGGAUCCUGUGGCAGUCCGCGCGGCGGCGGUCCCGGAGCGGCACGACGGACGCUCGGGACUUGAGAACCAUCGUGGGCUUGUCGGAGGAGCCCUUGACGCCGCACGACCACUCUCCAGAAGAAGAAGGCAUUGAACUUGGAUCGUAGGUUGUGAGUGCGACUCAGUAGAGCGUCACGCCUUUCCCCUACGCAAUAAUAUUACAUUUUGCACGUUCGACGCAUAUUGCUUGUUUGAGGUAGCCUUCGUGAAUGCAGUCUGCAUGUGUCUCUGAAUAGCUCCAUGUAUUUAUACGCAUGCUCGCGCGAUUCACUUGCCUUCCGGCAUGUGCCACGAUGGCGCCAGUGUUGGUUUUGUUUCACGUUGCCUACAAAGGACAUCAUGUCUAAGGCAGGCGGAAAUUCAGUAGCUUCGGCCAACCAGUUGAGCUGGUGACAGACGAUUCAAAGCGCGCUUGUGAACCACUUGUUAUCUUUGUUGCAGGCCCUCCUGCCAGAAAUUGGACAAGCAUUGCUGUGCGCAUGGGCGCUCUACCUAAACCCCAUGCUUCCAGUGCCUCGUUCUGACAUGCAUUAUCACUAGAUCUUCAUUCACAUUGGGCACGUCUUAGACCAGGUGAUUGAUGCAUUCGAUGGAGU